AUGUCAUUUGAUAUCAAAAAUAAAGAAAAUAAUUCCAAAUAUUGUUCUCAAUGUUUAUCAAAGAAUGAUGUUGAACAUGUUUGUUCAUCUCAAUUGUUAUCUGAUUCCGUUUAUACAUUAUCUGAAAUGGCAAAUGAACAAUUAAAUCAAUUAGAAACAUUUUCAUUAGCACAAGUUCAUGUUAAAUGUCAACAAGAUUUAGAAUUGUGGCAUUCGGCAGCUGUUAAUCAUCUUGGGCAAAUUUUUACUCAACGUUUAGCUGAUUUAAAUAAAAUUUAUAAUGAUGAUCUUCAACCUGAAUUCGAAAAAUAUAAACAAAAAAUGAUUGAACAACUUAAAAAUCGAAUUAUACCAAAAAUAACUAAAAUGCUUGAUGAUUCAUCAUCUAGUACAAAAAAGGCUGAACAAAUUCAGAUGCUAUUAAAUCAUUUGAAAAGUGAAUGUGAAAUAAUAAAUGAUCGCCAAUGGAUACAUGUAUUACUACCUGAUAUCAGAAAUUUUUCUGUUCCAAUUCGAAUAGCAAAAAUGGCUUUAGCUGCUCGUUUAACUGAUGGAGAAAAAGAUCCAUUGGACGAUUUAAGUGACGAAGAAAAUAAAAAAGAGGAAAAUUUAUCGAUUAAAAAAAAGAAAAAACUAAAUUCAAUUGAUAUAUUAGAAAUAUUUGCAUCAAAUCCUGAUCCAUUGAAAACUUAUUUAUUAGAAACAAAUUCAUCAACAUUAGCUUUUUCAAAUAAACAUGUUCUUAUUCAUGAUAAUAAAAAAUUAAUUUUAUUUGAUUUAAAUAAAAAAAUUUAUGAAUUUGAAUGGAAUGAUAAUGAUUAUGGUAUUUUGGUUGAUAUAUGUUGGAUGGCAUCAUUAUCAUUAUUUGUUAUAUUAACAAUUCAUUCAGUUUAUUUAUAUGAUCCAACAAAAGGUUAUGGAAGUAAUCCAAUUAAAGUUGAAUCAAUAAAGCCAUUAGAUCGAACGCAUGUAUUAGCAUCAUUAUCACCAUUUGAUAGAGACUUAUAUAUAAAUUAUCAUAAAGGUGUUCACAUCGAUCAUUAUCGUGUAACACCAACUUCGGAAUGGAUAUUAGAAAAACGAUUUUCAAAAAAUGAAUGUUCAGAAGCAAAAGAUAUUGGAAUUCGUGAUGUUCGAUGUGAUCUUCAACAUAUUUGUUUAUCAAUAAUGCAACAUGAUGAUUUAAAAUGGAGAUUAGAUUUAAUGUCACGUGAUAUGGUUCGAGUGCGACGAGGAGUUCCAAUGGAUUCAGGAGAAAAUCAGCAUAAAUUUUUUUCAAUGUUAAUUCCGCUUCAAGAUCAACGUUGGUUAUUCGUUAAUUGGUUUACAAAUCAACUUUGGAUUGUUGAUCAACAAGGAAAAACAAGAUUAGUUAAAGAAACUAAAAUUAAAAAUAUUCGAAAUAUUUCUCUUUCAACUGAUUCAUCAUAUAUGGCUAUUAGAACUGAAAAACCAUCGGCACUUAAAAUAUAUAAACUUGAUUAA